AUGGCGUAUUUCGUCAACUGGGCGGGCAUGGAUCCAUCCCUCAUCCCUGCUGCCAACCUCACGCAUGUCUUCUACGCCUUUGCUUCCAUCGACCCCACCACAUACAAGGUAUGGUACCGCACUGCACCGCACUCUGUCUGUCUUGCCCUGCACAUACCUCUCCCUGUCAUCUGGUACAGGUCGUUCCCUCCAGCAUUUGACGUCACCCAGGGCCUCGACCUGCACCUCAACUCCGCUCUAGAGAACGCCAACCCCUAUUCAGCCCUCACCCAUCACCCUCUCCCUUCUCUCUCUUCCCCCCUUGAGCAGGUCGUUCCCUCCGUCCCAGCAGUGGACGUCACCCAGGGCCUCUACCUGCGCUUCAACUCCGCUCUAAAGGCCGCCAACCCCACCAUUAAAACCCUCCUCUCCAUCGGAGGAGAAUCCGCUGGCACCACUGUUUUCGCCGACGCCGCCUCCUCCGCCUCCUCUCGUUCCGCCUUCAUCCAAUCCGCAAUCGUCCUCGCCCACACGUACAACUUUGACGGUCUGGAUAUCGACUAG